GAUCCAUCCAUCAUUGCAAAAGUCAUGGCGAAACUCGAUACUUUACCAUCUGAGAUAGUAUUGCAGAUUUCUCGCUUCCUCGAUCCUCUUGACCUAGUUUCAUUGCAGCACGUCAACAAGCGGCUUCAGGACCUCGGAAGAGACGAUACAUUAUGGCGGGAACAAUGCUUCAACGAUUCCUCAUUUCUUACGAACCUGCGACGCCGUAGAGAGCUCAUUGCCUCUGAAGAUGUCGAAGAACCUCGAUUCCGCGACCUAGCACGAGCUCUAGCUUCUGGCAAUGGACUGGGAGAUUCAAGACUCGCCCAGCCUCGGGAAGAGGCAAGGGAGCUCAAGGCCAGAUCAAAUGAGAGGAUUCGCAUCAUGGCAAAUUGGGAUCCAAGUUAUCCUGAUGAGGAAGUACAUUGGUAUGACGAGUACAUUGCGAGGAAUGCUCCUAUCUCUACAUCUUGGUUGCAACAACCCCGCAAUCGAGAAAGCUCCGAACACGAAUACUUAGAAGUUCGAGGCAUGGGCAUAUACACACCGGUUGGAGAAUCAGAUGCAACUUUAGUUGUAGCUCCUUUGGACGAUGGAAGCAUUUGUCUUUGGGACUUGAGUGGUACAGAAGGUCAUAAGAAGGGAAGUAUUGUUGCUCGCAGCAAGUCGGGGUUGCUAUCAGUCGACCCAGCACCUCAAAAUGUUACCAACAAGCGCUCCAAAAUGAUCAACACUGGAGUGACUGAGUGUGUCAGCGUGGAUAGCGCGGGGAAACGAGCAUAUUUUGCUGUUCAGAGUGGAUGCUCCGGCCCCUGGUGUCUUGUCGAGGUUGACCUGGAGACUCUCUCGACGAUCAAUCAUGAGAGAUUUCCAUUCUCUAUCACUGCACUCUCUGAGGCGAAGCAUCCUGUUCCGCUCACUGUCGGAACCAACCUCUCACUCUACCUUCAUGAUUCUCGGGCAAGAAGGUCUAGUGGAGGAACUGAUGAAUCGAGCGGUAUCGAUUCUUACGAUACCACAUUUGACUCUCUUGGAAAUUCGGGCUCAUCAGACUUUCGAAGUCUCCUCAACCCAGUCCUCAGUCCUCAAUAUGCCCAUCUCCACCAUCCAGGUCCACUGAGUAUUCUGCAUCUGCCAAGUUCUGGAGAUGAAUGGGAUGGCAACGGGGAGAUCUAUGUUGCUGGACGUUUUCCUAGUAUCCUCAAUUAUGAUCGCAGAUACUUCCCUAAACUGCGCGGUACAAUUCAUUCUGGAGCACGGUUAUGUAGCAUGGCGUCCUUACCAUAUCCGUUCGCAUCAAUGGAGAAGGAUCUUGCCAGACGAGGCGAACUGACGAUAGAGCAAGUGUGGGAAGCCAAGACUCGGCCGGGGAAAACAUUAAUUGCUUGUGGUGAAUACAAUAGCAAAGGAUCCUUGGAGAUGUACGGACUUUCGCCCAACCCCAUACUCUCCACAAUAUCGUCCGACUCUUCCGCUGGUAGCCUGCAGAAUUCAGUCAUGAAGAAUCGCCAGACAUCGUCAAGCUCAAAGUUGUUAUCUGUCUCGAACCAUGGAACACGGAUUGUUGUUUCCGAUGGCGGCGGUAACCUAAAGUGGCUUGAAAGAGACGGGUUCACGGAAGCUAGAAGAUGGAACAUAGCUCAUGGAUCAGUUGAAGCCCCACGCGGGAUAUUCGGAACCCUCGGUGAUUCCUAUAUGGAUUCCGGGUCAGGAGAUAUCGUGAUCAAGCUGGCAAACACACAUAGAGGGCGCACAGAAAAGCCUGUCAACGAAGAUGACCUUGUCCUUUGGACAGGCGAAAAGAUAGGGCUGUUGAGUUUCUCCAGCAAGCCGGGUUUCACAGCCGAAAGCUUUGAGAAGACCGGGGAUAAGACACCAGAAGAGAUUCACAGGGAACGGGAGGAGAAGACCUACGCAGAGACCAUGGGUAGAGCUUUGGAAGCCAAUGCGAAUGAGGUUCGGUGGAUGCGCGGGCUGGGACUUGGGUUAUCCUGAAAGGCGAUAUAACGUUACAAUGUCUUUACUUUUCGCGAAGAUUUCGCAGAGCCAUAUUUUCGUAGAGGGAUGAGAAAGGGCAGCCUUAUUCCGCGUUAUUUGUUCCAUAUUUACAAGCCAGUUCCUUCAUUUGAAACAUUUGACGAGGUCAGACGAUCCACUGCCUGGACCCGAAAGGUAACCAACAGCGUGGUGUGUGUAGUGCAAGAACCAGCUUCCUGGAUACGGGUGCAUGCUCUCGAGCGUUGUCCGACCCCGUGUCACGACAUCUGUCGAACAUAGCUGUUGUGUCCUGAUUGAUUUUGGGAUCCUGGGAAUUUCGUGUGCUUGCCGAUCAUAGGUCAGGGCUGUCAGCGUUUCAGCGUUUCAAU